UACUCGGAGGAGCCAGAGUGUUCCGACCAAACGGAGCACGUCGUCGCCAGCCUCUGCGCAACUCGACACUGCCCAAACUCGAGACAGCGCCGCGGUGGGACUCGGCGGGCAGGGGCCCCAUGGCCGAGGCCGAGCCGGAGCCCCAGGCGGGGGCCUGCGGCCUCCGGGAGGCCCUCAGAGCGCUCCUGCCCCGCACGGGAGAGGGGCUGGCGCUGCGGCUGGGGGACAGCGUGGAGCGCAGCGUGGCGCAGCUGCUGCGGGAGGCGGCGGCGCUGCUCCGCGGCGGCCGCGCGGCCGAGUGUCUGCAGGCCUGCGAGCCCAUCCUGGACUACUCCUGGGAGAGGCUCAACGCGGGGCCCUGGAGGGACGUGCACCCCGACUGGCGCCGCGUCUACGCCUUCGGCUGCCUCCUGAAGGCCGUGUGUCUGUGCGAGGAGCCCGCGGACGCCAGCGCCGUGGCCGCAGCGCUGAGAGUCUGCGACAUGGGCCUGCUGAUGGGGGCGGCCAUCUUCGGGGACAUCCUCACCAAAGUGGCGGCCGUCCUGAAGGCGCACCUGCCCUCGGGGAAGAGGCCCGCCCCGGGCCCGGCCCAGGAGCCGCCCCGCGAGAAGAAAGCGAGGACCCACGGUGUUUGGAUUCCAGACAUGUCGUCAGAGAGAAUGGUGCCCCGGCUCCGCUGUCCAUCCCUCCAGCAUUUCAGGAAGCAUUUUCUGGCUCCAGGGAGGCCUGUGGUCCUGGAAGGCGUGGUGGACCAGUGGCCGUGCAUGCAGAAGUGGAGCGUGGCGUACAUCCAGGACGUCGCCGGCUGCCGGACUGUCCCCGUGGAGGUUGGCUCCAGGUACACCGACGAGGAGUGGUCCCAGACGCUCAUGACGGUCAGCGAGUUCGUCAGCAAGUACAUCAGGGAUGAGCCGAGGGACAUCGGGUACCUGGCGCAGCACCAGCUCUUUGACCAGAUCCCGGAGCUGAAGCAGGACAUCAGCAUCCCCGACUACUGCUGCCUGGGCGACAGGGAUGAAGAGGAGAUCACCAUCAACGCCUGGUUUGGUCCCCAGGGAACCGUGUCUCCACUCCAUCAGGACCCGCAGCAGAACUUCCUGGUCCAGGUGAUGGGCAGGAAGUACAUCCGCCUGUAUUCGCCACAGGAGUCAGAGGCUUUAUACCCACACGACACGCAUCUUCUUCAUAACACGAGCCAGGUGGACGUGGAGAACCCCGACUUGGAGAAGUUCCCCAAGUUCGCCGAGGCCCCCUUCCUGUCCUGCGUCCUGUCCCCCGGAGAGAUGCUGUUUAUCCCGGUUAAAUACUGGCACUAUGUGAGGGCGCUGGACCUGAGCUUCUCCGUCAGCUUCUGGUGGUCGUAGCCGGGGCGGGAGGGUCUGAGAUGCCUGCACAGUCGUGGGCUCCUGCGUCCCCUGCUCCUCGCCUGGCCUGGUGCGGGCUCCCAGCAUCUAGAAAAAGGCCAGACCCGCCCGCGCCGAAGCUUUCGCUGGGGACCAGGCUGGGUGCCGGGCAGACACGGCGCAGGCCCCCAGCAAGGUGUGUGUUCCCCGCCAGAGGGGCGCGGCAGAGGCCGGAGGGCACGACCCUGGAAGGACGCUCGAAGCCGCCAAGGCGCCAUGGAGUCCGCGGGCAUCGUAAAGCCUGAAGUGGUUGGGGCUCGGGCAGGCAGUGUGGGCAGCGGUAGAGGGCGGGCUGUGGGGCCGGCUGGCUGCCUGGAUUCAAACCCGGCCCUGUGGCUCAGCCACCGUGUAAGCCUUGGGGCCGAGACUUCGUGGGUGUGUCUCCAUCUGGGAAACAGAGUUGGAGGGGCUGUGCGUGCACAGGGCCCCUGCGGGUCCGUGACCGUUAGCGGCUGUGUGACCGUUAGUGGCUGUCUGACCUUAAUAAUCGCUAGGAUUGCUACCCACUCGUGUGUCGUGACUGUGCCCAACCGGUCAGCCCGCAGCCGUGGACCGGAGACGCAGUGGACUUACCGGCUCACUCAGCUCACGCCUGCCGGCAGCGGGCAAUCCAGACAGUUUCAGUGGUCCCUACGAGGCCUGACCCACCUUCCCGGAAGUGCCUGCAUGUCCCAGCCUGCCGGCUUUCCCAGAGACAGCCAUGCGGAGCUCGCAGAAGCCCCUCCUGCCCUCCCCUCAUCCGUUCUCCUGCAGAGCCUUCCGCCCGGGGCAGCGCCGGGGCCCACAGCCUCCGAGGCCUCGGGGAAGCUUCAGGCAGGCUGGGGACCACCGAGAGGCAGUUCCUGGAGCCGGCGCCUGGCUAACACACCCCGUAGGUGACCGGGGAUGGGGACGAGGCACUGGAACGCGAGCCGCUGGAGUACCAGGCCAGGGUACUGGGCUUUAUCGCAAAGGUCUGGGGGCUCCGGAGUUGUGCACAGGAAGACCACCAGAGUAUGCACGGAGCCGGGAACUGGUGGGAGAGAGUGGGUAUGGGGGUGGGGUACAGCCCUGGGCACGAAGGGCAGAGGCAAAGAGGGGCUACUUAGGAAGUGAAAUCAAGGGCUCCGCGGAGACUGCUUGUUCCUGCAUCUGGUAUUAAUGGUUGUUUGCCAAAUUCUGCAGAUGAAUUUAUACCAAACGUCAAAGGAAUCGAGGCAGAAAAUAGGGCUGCCGCGGCAUCUGGCUUGCUGGUGGUCCGGAGGAACGGCGUGGCCCCUCCUGCGUCACACACCCCUCCCCACCCAGGGGUGGCCGUGUGGCUCCCGCCUCUCCUGCCCGUGGUUUCCCCGGCCCUGCAUUUCUGUUCCAAGCUGCCGCUGAGGAGCAGAGGCCUGUCUGUAACGCACUGAUUCUGCAGUUAGGGACGAGAGGACGCGGGCGUUAGAAUAUGAUGCGGACCCCGGCCACCUGCAGCCGCCGUCCCUUGUCCGGUGGGAAGACGCAGAGGAGGAAACGUUCGCACGCUCUCCGGGCAGGGCUCCCGUGCUCCUGCGGCACCGGCUGCAGCUCCGGGGAGCGUGCACCAAAGUCCGCAAGGAGUAAGGGUGCUCGCCAGCUGCCGGCAGAGCUAAGGGGCCGCCACGAGGCCGCCAUCACCCACCCACCCAAGAUGCAGCGGCCCUGCGCCGGCACGCGUGGUCUCCAGCCUGCAGGGGGGCACCAUGCAGCCGCACCACCGCCUUACACCGCUCAGGCAGGCUGCACGCUGAGCCGCAGGGGGCGUCUGGGCAGGAUCCCCCCUCCCCCAGGUCCAGGGCGGGCUGGCCAGCUCCCAUGGGACAAGAGCCCCAAGCUGGGCUGGGGCAGAGGCACCCCAGAGGGUUUCUGCAGGAGGCGCUCUGCCAGCUCCAGCGUCCAGAACGCGGGCCCAGCUCUCAGGUCUUGGGGGCCCAGGAAGGGACGGCCCGCAACAUGGAGCCUUCUCCGGGGACGCACGACCACAGACCGAGGCCGCAGCCACGACUC